AUGCAAAUAAGCCUGCUGCAUAAAAAUGGCAGCAGGCGUACGUACGCGCGAUCGACUCCCAGAGAAUGGUUCGACACGCGAGGCAGCGAACUUGGUUUGUUCCUGUGUAUCUAUAAUGUUCUUUUCUCAUCAAGUGUCUCUAUAAUGUUCUUUUCUCAUCAAGUGUCUAUAAUGUUCUUUUCUCAUCAAGUGUCUAUAAUGUUCUUUUCUCGUCAAGUAUAUCAACAAUGUUCUUUUCUCGUCAAGUGUCUCUAUAAUGUCCUUUUCUCGUCAAGUGUCUCUAUAAUGUUCUUUUCUCGUCAAGUGUCUAUAAUGUCCUUUUCACGUCAACGUCUCUAUAAUGUUCUUUUCUCGUCAAGUGUCUAUAAUGUUCUUUUCUCGUUAAGUAUCUCUACAGUGUUCUUUUCUCGUCAAUUGUGUCUAAAAUGUUCUUUCCUCAUAAAGUGUCUCUAUAAUUGUCUCUAUAAUGUUCUUCUCUCGUCAAGUGUCUCUAUAAUGUUCUUUUCUCAUGAAGUGUCUCUACAAUGUUCUUUUCUCGUCAAUUCUUGUAUCUAUAAUGUUCUUUUCUCAUCAAGUGUCUCUAUAAUGUUCUUUUCUCAUCAAGUGUCUAUAAUGUUCUUUUCUCAUCAAGUGUCUAUAAUGUUCUUUUCUCGUCAAGUAUAUCAACAAUGUUCUUUUCUCGUCAAGUGUCUCUAUAAUGUCCUUUUCUCGUCAAGUGUCUCUAUAAUGUUCUUUUCUCGUCAAGUGUCUAUAAUGUCCUUUUCACGUCAAACUCUCUAUAAUGUUCUUCUCUCGUCAAGUGUCUCUAUAAUGUUCUUUUCUCAUGAAGUGUCUCUACAAUGUUCUUUUCUCGUCAAUUCUUGUCUCUAUAAUGUUCUUUUCUCGUCAAGACUCUCUAUAAUGUUCUUUUCUCGUCAAGUAUAUCAACAGUGUCUCUAUAAUGUCCUUUUCUCGUUAAGUGUCUCUAUAAUGUUCUUUUCUCGUCAAGUAUAUCAACAGUGUCCCUAUAAUGUCAUUUUCUCGUUAAGUGUCUCUAUAAUGUUCUUUUCUCGUCAAGUCUCAAUAUUUGUUCACUCUGUCUUCCUCCACAACUUUCCUUUUUUUUCCUUUUUUUUUUACUGA